AUGGACGUCACUCGCUUCAUUGUUUCAAGGCGAGAAAGAGGUCUCCUCUCUGGCGACUACAGCACGUACAAGAGACGGCUUGCUCAACGGCUACUUAUUGUGCGCAAGCGGCUUCACCACACUUCAACGCAAGGCAAGAGCAACAAAGAUUGGUCAACGAUCAAGGCAGAGGAUGUCGCUAGUAACCACGACCACCUUGUCGAACUCAUAAGCUCCCCUCAGGUAAAAGCUGGCCCUCAGCCUAAAGUCGAAGCGCGUGCCUACUUCGUUCUGCAUUCUGGCGCCUUUGCAUUCGAGAAACAGCAAUGGCGAGCCUGCCUUCAGUACUAUUCUGAAGCGAGAUUGAUAUAUGGCUCGCUAGUUCCAACUCAGAUUUCAAGCAGCGGCGCAUUGUUCCAGGAGCUUUUGAGCUCGUUCAUCGAUCCGAGCUUACGAUUUGCUGCUUACAGGACCAAAGAACCGAGGACUACGUCACUCGAAGCUGUGGUCAGGGACAAUAUACCUCGCAAAAGCCUAGAACACCUAGAGGGAAUUCAAAAGUUACAUCCUGAUGUGUUUAGUGAUAGAAUACUUGUGACGGGGAAGUCCUCAGUUCAGGGAUCAUCCAAGGCGCCAGAGACUGUCCGCUGGCGCUCCAAGAUAGUCAACCUUGAAGAUGCGGCAACGGGCCAGGCACUUGCAGCGGUGACAUCCGCGGAGGGCAGUCUAUCCUUAUUCUUGUGCUCAAAACCACAGCCAUCGGCCAAAGAGAAAGCAGCAGCGUAUGAUGAGAUCUUGAUAUCAAGCCAGGACGCCGUUGACGCGACCAAAAUUGCGAUCGAUGAGCUCUCAGGUGAUGGUCUAUCCCAGAGUGAUCCACGUGUGCAGGCCAUGCAAAUCACACGUACUGCGGUUAGCUACGCCUUGGUAGGCUGGCGGGUAGGUCGGAAUCGUGUACUCUGUGGCGAACAUGAUGGUGCAGCUUUGGAUACCUCGCAAUCAAAGCAUGCAAAAAUUUUGCAGCCUAGUCACAAGGGAUCUUCUCAAGAAAACUCGGCUGAAAGCAAAAGUCAUAAGUUAAGACGCUUGAAAGAGAAAAUAGUUCUCUAUGAUGCCACCCUCCAAAGCUUAGACUCUGUACAGCUGCUACCUGGGAUUGCCGCGGAUCAAGCGUUCCAAACCGAAUUGCACGGCAAACAUUCAUAUUUUCAAUCCCUGCGUUGCCUUGCACUGGCACGGUGUCACCAACUUGAAGAUCACCAAGCCAAUGCUCUUGCACUACUUUCAAGAGCCCAGCGUUACUGUUCAGCGGCUUCGGUGUCACAAGGAUUGUCAAUGGAUCCAAAGGGGCCUCCAAACCUCGCAAUCGUGGAGGCCCAACUCGACUACUUAAAGACUCUCCUUCAAGGCCUCCUCAUCCAAUAUCGCAGCCUCGUAGAAAUCAAACGGCAUCCGUAUCCCGCAAAGUCAUCAGAUCGAACCCACCCUUCAAGAUUCAGCGAGCAUUUAGACGAAUUCCCAUUGUAUCUAGUAGAUCUUCAGGAGCUGGUUUCCUACCCACCAGAGGUUAGCCCGAUGCCCGUGAAGCCGAUCUUCUUGGAUGUUGCUUUUAAUUAUAUCGAGUACCCUGGUCGUGGGAGAUACCAAGCUGAGCCUAGGCACAUGGUCAAUGGCAAAUUAGAUCCAAGUCAGAAGGAGGCCAAGAAAGGCUGGUUUGGAUUCGGUAGAUGA